GAGAUGCAAAAUAAACCCAUAAUCAGUACAUUCCUCUUCUUGAGCAAAACUGGACUUAGUAAAGGACCUUGGGUGACAGACAACUGGUGACUAGUCCUUCAUUCGUAGUGAUAAUCUUUGGACAAAUUCUAAAAGAUAGUGAACAGUAUUUUCAGGAGGAGCAAGUAGAAUAUUUGCAUGUAUGACCUCAUCCACAAGCUCCAUAUAAACAGGAGGUGGAGGUGAGUAGUCAGACUCAAAACCAGUUCCAGGCCCAGUAAUUUCCAAGCAGAUCAAGACCAUGGCAGGCUUCGGUUCUAUGCUACUGCCCCUGGGUCUGUUUUUAUACCUGAUACUGCCGUUUUCUUCUGCCAGCCCUCCAAAUCACAGAGACCCCUGCAUGAUCUUUGAUGAGGUUUCCACCACCACCAGCCCAGGAAUCAAGGUUAAUUCUGAUGUCUUUGAAAACAACACAGUCUACUUAGUAAGGAUUCCUGUGACUUCAAACGUCAGCUCUGUGGUCCUGCGAGCACUGGACAAGAACAACAACUCAGUGGGCUUCUGGCAAGGAGCAGACAUGACGUGCAAUAGCAGCUUUCUAUAUCACGUGCAGUAUUUACACAACACAUUCUUCGAGGCAAAUUGGAAGGCCUUUAAUGUAAAGAACAUCACUGAAGUUGAGCUACAAGCCUUCAAUGUCUACCUCAACAAGACAGCUACAUUUUCUUCUGUGAAACUCAAAAAUGCAAGGAUGGUCACAACCACAGCCUCCAUGACUUCCACUACCACGAUUCCUAAGACUUCCGCUACCUCGACUCCCAAGACUUCUGCUACCUCGACUCCUAAGACUUCUAACACCAGCCCAACCAAAACGCCAACCCUAAGCACAACCAGAAGCAUGGCCAACAGAGUUUUCAGCAGCCCCAUCACAGAUGCCAUUCACAUCUUGAUUGCUUUUCUCACCUGCAAACUCCUCUUCUAAAAGACAACAAGAGAAACCAUUGUUCCACCUCCACUGCAUCCUCCUAUGUUCAGGUCCAAGCUGGUACUUGGACAUGUAUGUGAUUGAAGACUUUAGGUUCUCAAAUGUACAACUCUACUGCCAUUGCCAUGAACUAAAAUGGAGAUCUGGGGGCACUCAUCAGUGGGCCUGGGUCACAUAGAUGUUCAACUAGAUCUUUCAGGACACAAACCAUGCUUUUUCAUUAAUACUUACACUGGGCCUGAGCAUAACUUUUUGAGUUCUGCCUCUCAGCUUAACAUGUUGACAGUCAGUUCUACAGCCAAUCUUAACUUCUGUUCACUGCCAAAUUAUUCCUCUGUGUCCCUGAGUUCUGUGGUAAGAAUCCUUCCUUGUUUUCAAGAUGAUCUCAGAUUUCUGACCAAAUCCACUCAGGUCAUGCUGAACUUCUGUGACUCAUAUGAAUCAACUGAGGAAAAAGGAGAAAUAGCCCCGAGGCUAUGGGCAGCUUAUUCUUUUAUCCACAUCAGUAGGUUUUGAAGGGCAUAAGAAUAAGACUAUACCAUGUCUGAGCAGCCAAGGAUAGAAAAAGUAUUCCAUAUAGGCAUUUAUACUUCAAGCAAGAUAAUGAAUAUAUUAAAUUCAAUUAUGUCUUUAAUGAGUGAUUAACUUAAAAUAUAGAGAAGGCUAUCUAAUUUUAUUAUUUUAUACAGAUAUUUUUAAAAUAAUGAAAUGGUGAAUGUGUGAAUGUUUUCAAAGGCCAAACCUAAGGGUAAAAUUAAUCAAUUUUCAUUCUCAAGUGCAAACUGAUCACUUGUCUUCUAACAGUAAUUUCCAAUAAGAAUUCAGCAAAAUAUUUAUAAUACUUAAGGUACAAUGUAAAACCAAAUGAAAACACGGUAUUUUCUGUAAUAAUAAACAACAAAGUUUUUUCAAAAUAAUUGUGCUAAAUUCCUGAUUGCCAGCACUCUUUUCUGAUCCCAAAAAUGUGCACCUUUUAAGAGUUCAGACUCUAUUCAUUCUUCCCUCUCUUCCUUAGAACACCUUAGUACUAUUCAUUGUCACUUCCUGUUGUUUGUAACUGAACAAAGCCUCGUAUGCAAAUAUUUAGUCUGUUUAUUUAUAUAUGCUUGGCUAAAUAAAGUAAUUGCAGGUUCCUCUAUUAAGACAAUUUGAUGGUGAUUUUUCUUUCUAGUGUCCAAAAAAAGACAGUAAUAUGAGCUAAACAACUAUUCUCCCAUUCAAGAUUAUCCAUCUACUGAAGGCGUGGUAGUUAAGGCGCUG